AUGACAGAAUUUGCUGGCACCUCCAGUGUGCACGAUAUGAAGAAUGUUGAAGACAAGACUAUUCGCGCAUCACCAAAUCUCUUGCCGCCCACUCUUGAUGCGAAGGAAUCUUACAUGCAAGCUUGGUUCCAGCGCCUGGGCGAAGACAUCAGGCAGAUUCGCGAUCAAGUUCAGGAAUUGCAGGUUGCUCCCCGAAGAACUGUAAAGGAGAUGUCAACAGCAUUCCACUUGCCCAAAACCCCUCCAGAAACAGUCGCACAUGAAUCAACCACGUCCACCGAGUGUCUUCACGGCCCGAGCGACAGCCAGGACAGUCAAACACUCGAUCGUAAUCGUUCGUGGCAUGAUACAUCUCUGAAACUCAUUGAAGACGUUCAAAAUAUACGCUUCGGGCUUCUGGCUUUGCAGCAGGCACGUGCGAGAGAUGAGGCUCUACCCAUACUUCUAGAGUCGUCUAGGGUUCCCACAGAGGUUGCUAUGCUUUUUCGUGCUUCAUUACAAGAAAAAUGCCUCGACCUGAGCAGUCUUCGCGCCGCUGCUUUGCCAGACAAGGUAGUGCCUUUCAUUUGGCCAGACGAAGACUUGGCGUCCAGUGCCUGCUUGAGGGCUUUCUAUCUCUGGUUUUGUGCGCUUGAAAUUGUCUCAAUUAGCUAUUGUCCGGCGCGCGAUCUCGAGCUCAACUUGACCUUUGAGUAUCAGCGCGAGUAUGAAAUCAUCGGUUACUGCGACUUUGUUGUCGUCGAGCAAGGCCUCCACGUACUGCCGGCUUCCAUGGUACAGUAUCAGGGCUAUGGCUUUCUGAAAGUUGUUCGAAGCAGUGUGACUGUGGCAUCGCGAGCGUGGAUCGAAUGUAUGUUUCAUUUGUUUGCCAUCAAUAAGCUCAAGCAAGAGGCACCAUACCAGAUUGUCAUUCUUACCAACAUGCAGCAAGCGGUCAUCUUUCGUUUGGUCUCUCGAACAGAGUUUUGCUAUGCUCAGAUUGACUCCAUGGACAUGCUUGCAGCAGCGCUCGCGGCAGCAUUUGCCGAGCGAAGAGCUAUACAAAAGGGCAUACCAUCUACUGGGAUAUUUUAUGACAGUGAACUUCCUGUGAAGAUGGAGGACCCAGUGGACGAUGUUGCCGACAUGGGGGACUUUCUGGAUGAGAUGACUGAAGAUGAACGCAAGCUGUACAAGAGGGAACAAUUUUGGAUCAAAAAUUAUCGCGCAGGCCGAGAACAGGCGCGACAUCUGGCCCGUGCCCCUUUGCUUUACCCGGACGAUUUGUGA